AUGUACGGCACAUCAACCGGUCCCCAGACCGGCAUCAAUACCCCCCGAUCCUCCCAAUCGCUGCGACCUCUUAUCCUCUCACAUGGCUCCCUCGAUUUCUCUUUUCUGGUCCCAACCUCGCUCCAUUUCCACGCCUCGCAGUUGAAAGACAGCUUCACGGCCUCAUUACCCGAGCCCACAGAUGAAUUGGCCCUGGAUGAUGAGCCCUCCUCAGUAGCCGAAUUGGUUGCCCGUUACAUUGGUCAUGUUGCCGAUGAGGUUGAGGAAGGUGAGGACGACGCCCAAGGUAGCUACCUGGAGGUGCUGAAGCUCGUUCUUAACGAAUUCGAGCGUGCAUUCAUGCGUGGCAAUGAUGUCCACGCUGUGGCAGCGACAUUGCCGGGCAUUGUCGCCAAAAAGAACCACGUCGUGGAGGCUUACUAUGCCGGACGUGCUGCCGCAGGCCGGCCCACCAAGCCCUAUGACUCGGCAUUGUUCCGUGCUGCCUCCGACGAUGCAGCGGGUAUUUACACCGUUUUUGGUGGACAAGGAAACAUCGAAGAAUACUUUGACGAGCUUCGUGCUAUCUACACCACCUACCCAUCCUUUGUCGAGGAUUUGAUCACUUCUUCCGCGGAGCUUCUGCAAACUCUCUCUCGGGAACCCGAGGCGAGCAAGCUCUACCCUAAGGGUCUUGAUAUCGUACAAUGGCUCCAGGAUCGGGAUUCCCAGCCUGAUACUGAUUACCUUGUCUCCGCUCCCGUCAGUCUGCCAUUGAUUGGAUUAGUCCAGCUCGCUCACUACAUGGUGACCUGCAAGGUCUUGGGUCGCCAGCCUGGUGAUCUCCUUGAGCGCAUUCGGGGUACUACUGGUCACUCGCAAGGUGUGGUGACCGCUGCUGCUCUUGCCACAGCCACUAGCUGGGAGUCCUUCGACACUGCGGCCAGAACUGCCCUUACUAUGCUGUUCUGGAUUGGUCUCCGCAGCCAGCAAGCCUACCCCCGCACUUCUAUCGCCCCCUCAGUGCUUCAGGACUCUAUUGAGAAUGGUGAAGGCACCCCAACCCCCAUGCUUUCCAUUCGAGAUCUUUCUCGCGCUGCAGUCCAGGAGCAUAUCGAUGCUACAAACCAGCACUUGCCCGAGGAUCGUCAUAUCGCCAUUUCCCUCGUCAACAGUGCCCGUAACUUCGUUGUCACUGGACCUCCCAUUUCCCUCUACGGUUUGAACCUGCGCCUCCGCAAGGUGAAGGCUGCCACUGGCCUCGACCAGAACCGUGUCCCCUUCACCCAGCGUAAGGUCCGUUUCGUCAACCGCUUCCUGCCCAUCAGCGCUCCCUUCCACAGCCAAUAUCUCACCGCCGCCUACGACCGCAUUCUGGAGGAUUUGGAGGAUGUUGACAUCCCCACCAAGUCCCUGGCCAUCCCCGUCUUCCACACCAAGACUGGCGAGGACUUGCGCCAGCAGUCUGGUGAGAGCGCCAUUCCUGCUCUGGUCCGCAUGAUCACUCACGAUGCGGUUAACUGGGAGCAAGCAACCGUCUUCCCUGGAGCCACCCACAUUGUCGACUUUGGCCCCGGUGGUAUCUCCGGUCUGGGUGUGCUCACCAACCGUAACAAGGACGGUACCGGUGUGCGUGUCAUCCUUGCUGGUGAAAUGGACGGCACAAACGCCGAGGUUGGCUACAAGCCAGAAUUGUUCGACCGUGACGAGCACUCGGUGAAGUUCGCCGUUGACUGGGUCAAGGAACACGGCCCCCGCCUUGUGCAGACCUCUACCGGUCAGACCUAUGUUGACACUAAGAUGAGUCGUCUGCUUGGUAUCCCUCCCGUCAUGGUGGCUGGUAUGACUCCCACAACUGUUCCUUGGGACUUUGUGGCCGCUACCAUGAACGCUGGUUACCACGUUGAGUUGGCUGGUGGUGGCUAUUACAACGCCAAGACCAUGACUGAGGCUAUCACCAAGAUCGAGAAGGUGAUUCCUCCUGGUCGUGGUAUCACUAUCAACCUGAUCUACGUCAACCCCCGUGCUAUGGCCUGGCAGAUUCCCUUGAUCGGCCGCCUGCGUGCUGACGGUGUGCCCAUCGAAGGUCUGACUAUUGGUGCUGGUGUUCCUUCCAUUGAGGUCGCCAACGAAUAUAUCGAGACUCUUGGUAUCAAGCACAUUGCAUUCAAGCCCGGUUCCGUUGACGCUAUUCAGCAAGUUAUCAACAUUGCCAAGGCCAACCCCAAGUUCCCCAUCAUCAUGCAGUGGACCGGUGGCCGUGGAGGUGGUCACCACUCGUUCGAGGAUUUCCACCAGCCUAUUCUCCAGAUGUACAGCCGCCUUCGUAAGCAGGAUAACAUUGUCAUUGUUGCUGGCAGUGGCUUCGGUGGUGCCGAGGACACCUACCCUUACCUCUCUGGUACCUGGUCUGCCAAGUUCGGUUACCCUCCCAUGCCUUUCGACGGAUGUCUGUUUGGUAGCCGUAUGAUGAUUGCCAAAGAGGCCCACACUUCCAAGAAUGCCAAGCAGGCUAUCGCUGACGCUCCUGGUGUCGACGACGACCAGUGGGAGAAGACCUACAAGACUGCUACCGGUGGUGUCAUCACUGUCUUGUCCGAAAUGGGCGAGCCCAUCCACAAGCUGGCCACUCGCGGUGUCCUGUUCUGGGCCGAGAUGGACCAGAAGAUUUUCAAGCUUGACAAGGCUAAGCGUGUCCCUGAGCUCAAGAAGCAGCGCAACUACAUUAUCAAGAAGCUCAACGAUGAUUUCCACAAGGUUUGGUUUGGUCGUAACGCCUCAGGUGAGACUGUUGACCUGGAAGAUAUGACUUACGCUGAGGUCGCUCACCGGAUGGUUGAUCUUAUGUACAUUAAGCAUGAGUCCCGCUGGAUCGAUGACUCUCUCAAGCGCCUCACUGGUGACUUCCUUCGCCGUGUUGAGGAGCGCUUCACAACUGCCGAUGGCCAGGCUUCGCUGCUCCAGACCUACUCUGAGCUCGACACUCCUUACCCAACUGUGGACAACAUCCUUGGCGCCUACCCCGAAGCCGCCACUCAGUUGAUCAACGCCCAGGACGUUCAGCACUUCCUUCUUCUGUGCCAGCGCCGUGGACAGAAGCCCGUUCCGUUCGUUCCUUCUCUUGAUGAGAACUUCGAGUACUUCUUCAAGAAGGACUCCCUGUGGCAGAGCGAGGAUUUGGAGGCUGUGGUUGACCAGGAUGUUGGCCGUACCUGUAUUCUCCAGGGCCCAAUGGCUGCUCGCUUUUCUAAUGUCAUCGACGAGCCUGUUCAGGACAUUCUUGAUGGCGUUCACAAGGGCCACAUCACUGGUCUGCUCCGUGAUGUCUACGGCGGCGACAAGGCCAAGAUUCCUACCAUCGAGUACUUCGGUGGCAACCUGGUCAACAGUGAGGACGAGCAGGAAUUGGAAGGACUUACCAUUUCUGAGGAGAACAACAAGACUAGCUUCCGCCUUUCGUCUUCCCCUGCCGACUUGCCUGGCUCUGACCGCUGGCUCCAACUUCUGGCAGGUGAUACCUACUCUUGGCGUCACGCCCUCUUCUUGGCCGAUGUCUUCGUUCAGGGUCACCGUUUCCAGACCAACCCGCUGAAGCGUAUCGUGGCACCCACUCCCGGCCUGUUUGUCGAGAUCACUAACCCCAAUGAUCCCGCCAAGACUGUCGUCAACGUUCGCGAGCCUUACCAAUCCGGCAAGCUUGUCAAGACUGUCGAGGCCAAGAUGAAUGAGAAUGGUCAGAUCAGCCUGACUCUCUUCGAGGGUCGCACUGCCGAGGGUGGUGUUGUGCCCCUGAGCUUCCUCUUCACUUACCACCCCGAGACUGGAUACGCUCCUAUCCAUGAGGUUAUGGGUGACCGCAACGACCGCAUCAAGGAGUUCUACUACCGCAUCUGGUUCGGCAACAAGGAUGUCCCCUUCGACACCCCUACCACCGCUACUUUCAGUGGAGGCCGCGAGACCAUCACCUCUCAGGCCGUCGCCGACUUCGUUCACGCUGUUGGCAACACCGGUGAGGCCUUUGUUGACCGUCCUGGCAAGGAAGUUUACGCUCCUAUGGAUUUCGCCAUUGUUGCUGGCUGGAAGGCUAUUACCAAGCCCAUCUUCCCUCGCACCAUCGAUGGUGACCUGCUGAAGCUCGUUCACUUGUCCAACGGCUUCAAGAUGGUUCCUGGUGCCCAGCCCCUGAAGGUUGGCGAUGUUCUGGAUACCACUGCUCAGAUCAACGCCGUUAUCAACCAGGAAUCUGGUAAGAUGGUUGAGGUCUGUGGUACUAUCAAGCGUGAUGGUCAGCCCAUUAUGCACGUCACCAGCCAGUUCCUGUACCGCGGUGCCUACUCCGACUUUGAGAACACCUUCCAGCGCAAGGAUGAGGUUCCUAUGCAAGUUCACUUGGCUACAAGCCGUGAUGUCGCUAUCCUUCGUUCCAAGGAAUGGUUCCGCAUGGACGAGACCGACGUUGAGCUCCUGGGCCAGACCCUCACCUUCCGUCUGCAGAGUCUGAACCGCUACAAGAACAAGACCGUCUUCAGCAACGUCCAGACUAUUGGUCAGGUUCUUCUUGAGCUACCUACCAAGGAGGUCGUUCAGGUUGCAUCCGUGGACUACGAGGCUGGUGCCUCUCACGGUAACCCCGUGAUUGACUACCUCCAGCGUAAUGGUACUUCUAUCGAGCAGCCAGUGUACUUCGAGAACCCCAUUCCCCUCAGUGGCAAGACUGCCUUGGAGCUGCGUGCUCCAGCUUCCAACGAGACCUACGCUCGUGUCUCUGGGGAUUACAACCCUAUUCACGUGUCUCGCGUCUUCUCCAGCUAUGCCAACCUGCCCGGUACCAUCACCCACGGUAUGUACAGCAGUGCUGCCGUACGUAGCUUCGUGGAGACCUGGGCCGCUGAGAACAACAUUGGCCGCGUUCGUGGAUUCCAUGUCUCUCUCGUCGGUAUGGUUCUGCCCAACGACAUGAUCACCGUCAAGCUCCAGCACGUCGGUAUGAUUGCUGGUCGCAAGAUCAUCAAGGUCGAGGCCAGCAACAAGGAGACCGAGGACAAGGUCUUGCUUGGUGAGGCUGAGGUUGAGCAACCCGUUACCUCGUACGUUUUCACUGGUCAGGGUUCUCAGGAGCAGGGUAUGGGUAUGGAACUCUAUGCCAGCAGCCCUGUUGCCAAGGAGGUCUGGGACCGUGCCGAUCGCCACUUCAUCGAGAACUAUGGUCUCUCCAUCAUUGACAUUGUCAAGAACAACCCUAAGGAGCUGACUGUUUACUUUGGUGGUCCUCGUGGUAAGGCUAUUCGCCAGAACUACAUGGCUAUGACCUUCGAGUCCGUCAACGCCGAUGGUUCCAUCAAGUCGGAGAAGAUCUUCAAGGGCAUUGAUGAGACUACCGACUCAUACACCUACCGAUCCCCCACUGGUCUGCUGUCGGCUACUCAGUUCACACAGCCUGCUCUGACUUUGAUGGAGAAGGCCAGCUUCGAGGACAUGCGCUCCAAGGGUCUUGUGCAGCGUGACAGCAGUUUCGCCGGUCACUCUCUUGGUGAAUACUCCGCUCUUGCUGCCCUGGCUGAUGUCAUGCCCAUUGAGAGCUUGGUUUCUGUCGUAUUCUACCGUGGUUUGACCAUGCAGGUCGCUGUCGAGCGUGACGAGCAAGGACGUUCCAACUACUCUAUGUGUGCUGUCAACCCUAGCCGUAUCUCCAAGACUUUCAACGAGCCAGCGUUGCAGUACGUCGUUGAGAACAUCUCUGAGCAGACUGGCUGGUUACUGGAGAUUGUCAACUACAACGUAGCUAACAUGCAGUACGUUGCUGCUGGUGAUCUCCGUGCCCUGGACUGUCUUACCAACUUGCUCAACUUCCUCAAGGCCCAAAAUGUCGACAUUCCUGCUCUCAUGCAGAGCAUGUCCCUUGAGGAUGUCAAGGCUCACUUGACUGGCAUCAUCGAGGAGUGUAUGAAGCAGACCGAGUCUAAGCCUCGUCCCAUCCAGCUAGAGCGUGGUUUCGCCACAAUCCCUCUCAAGGGUAUUGAUGUUCCUUUCCACAGUACUUUCCUGCGCUCUGGUGUCAAGCCUUUCCGAUCAUUCUUGCUGAAGAAGAUCAACAAGACCACCAUCGACCCCAGCAAGCUGAUCGGCAAGUACAUCCCCAACGUUACUGCUCGUCCUUUCGAGAUCACCAAGGAGUACUUCGAGGAUGUAUACCGUCUCACCAACUCUCCCCGCAUUGCCUCUAUCCUGGCCAACUGGGAAAAGUACGAGGAGGGUACUGAGACCACCGCCCGCGCGGCUUAA